AUGCCGACCUGUAGGUAUGACGGAAGAGGAUACCCAGGUAGAUUCAUAACAUCAUACGAAGGGCAUAUGAUGCUCUACACAAACUCAGAUGCUGUGUGGUGCAAAGUCUUUCCGACUACGUUAAUUGGGGCUGCAGCCGAUUGGUUCAAUAACCUGGAAAAUGGAAUGAUAGAUAGUUUCGAGAAGUUUACCGAGGUGUUUGUGGGACAGUAUGUUAGUAACAGUGUGCGGCAGAGAACAUCAGGGGAGUUGAUGGCAGUAGAGCAAAGGCCGGAUGAGUCUCUAAGGGAUUAUAUCAUACGGUUUAAUAAUGAGGCGAAUACGAUCCCGAAAUUUCAACAAGAGAUAGCUGUGAUGGCAUUGAUGAAUGGCUUAAAUGAUUCCGAGUUUAAGCGUUAUCUUACACGAAAGAAUUUUCAGACAUUGGCGGCUGCAUUUAACAAAGCCCAUGAUUAUAUCAAGAGUGAAGAAUUGAUGAAAACGAGUAUUAAGAAUGUAGCUGCUGGAAAAGGUCAACAUCAAUAUGAAGGGGCAGCCUCUGGAAGUGGAAGGCCGAGAACUUCGACCCCAGGAACGGGAGGGGGAAAUCGGCAGGAGAUCAGAGUUGCAAAACCGCUGAUGCGGUACAGUUUAUAUACGCCCUUGAACACACCGAGAGCAGCAAUUUAUUCAGUUAAUCAGAAUAGAGAAGGCUGGACAAGGCCGAUUCCGAUGAAGGCAAGACCAAGAGAUGUUAAGAAGUACUGGAUGUUUCAUAGAGAUGUGGGUCAUUAUACCGAAGAGUGCACACAAUUGAAGGAUAAUAUUGAAGAAUUGAUAAGGAAAGGACACUUGACUCAGUAUCGGUUAAGUGCGAGAGGAGCUCAACCACCUCCCCGGCACGUAAAAAGACCGUAG